AUGGCAUCGGCAAAUGGCCAACCUCAGCCGACUCGGAAUGAUCAACAAAAAAUCGACAAAUUUGUUGAACUUUUAAAUGGAACAGUAAACUCAUUAUUCGUUCAGCUCGUCAAAAGUGAAGAUAGUAUAGAAGAAAUCGAUCGUAAAAUGGAUGAACAUAUUCAUAAACGUAUUUUUAAAACUGAUGCAUCAAGAGUUCUUGAUAGUCGUCAGAGAGUUGCUGCUACGUUGCAGGUGAUCGUCGAUUAUACUUAUCGUGUAUUAUGCCUUCGGCGGUCAGCACCUAAUGCGCUUCAGACAUUGAUUUUAUUAAUAGAUUGGGCAUUCAUUCCAAAACUUGUUGAUCGUAAAUGGCAGCCUGAUAUAGUUCAAUUAUUUGAUCAAACAGUAGACUCGUUCUUUCUGAUUCAUAUUUCGAAUUUAGAUGAUGAGUCUCAAUUAAAUCCAACUUCUGAAACAAAUGCUUUCCGAUCGAUGUUGACAAUGAUAAAUUCUGUUUAUGAAACGAAAACCGGUCGAAUGCAUACAAAAGUUAUGAAAAUCGUUCAAGCAUGCUGUCAUAGUAAAUAUGCACGGCAAAGUCCACCUGGAAAUAUUUUGGCGGCAGAUUUAUCCGGACUUAUUUCAUAUAUGUUGUAUGAACCUGUUUUUGUACCACCAAAGGAGUUUAUUACGGGUUCCAGAUACAAAUUUUCAUGGUCUGAUUUACGAAAUGAUUUAGUAGAACUCAAGGACGAUGAAAAGUUACAAUCAAAACUUCCAGCACGUCUACAACGUUUCGAAUCAAGACUUGUUAUCCCAAUACUUACUUACCUUUUGAUUGGACUAAACCAAGACGAAAGUGAAAAUCUAUCAGAAGUUGUUUAUCGUGCUUUGCAUGCAAAAUUGCCACGCCAAAUUUCAUUGACUGCUUCUGGUUUGGAAAAUCUGUUCAAUAUUUUAAUUAGAAAACCAGACGCUUUUAUGUUAUUUCUUAACAAAAUCUUAAAAGAUAUUAUUAGUCAGAAAAAAGGAUGGCUUUCAAUAUUGUUGGAUGGAUUAGUGAGCUUCUGCGUAAACAAUGUUGAGUGUGCUAAAACUUCACCUGAACUUCGAAAAAUGAUUAGCAUUAUUCUUAGUCGUUGUAUAAUUAAAGAUACAACUGAUGCAGAAAUAAAAGAAAAUCUUUCGAAACUCUUAAAAUCAUUUGGCUUUACAGAAAAUGGAGAAAAAUCGAAUACAAAUCAACAAUUAGAAGUGUUUUUUUAUCUAAUACAACAAGUUUCCAUGACUCAUCCAGAAUGUAUUGAAUGGACUUUUUUGAUCGAUAUAUUUAUGAAAGUAUCCAAUGCGGAUGUUGACGAAAUUAUAUUUUCGGUAUUGUAUGAUGCAAUGUGUAACGUAGAUCGAUCUUGUACACUAAUGUUUAUUCUUGAAAAUCUUUAUAAAACAAGAUCUCUGAAAGAUGUCGAACGAGAACUUGUAUUAAAAAUUAGUAGAAUGUCUGAUACUAUUUCAAAAUUCGAAAAAUAUUUAUUAUCUACGAUGCAGUGUGAAAAUAAUUUGAAAAAAGAAACAAAUGUAAUAUGGAACGUGUGGGAAAUGCUUACACAAUCUGAUGAAGACAAAUUUCAUGAAUUUGCAUCGUUUCUUACUCGACUCUUUGCAGAAUGCUUGAAAGUUGGCCAAAUAAAAGAGCGGAAAAUUGAACUUCCGAUGGAUUUAACAAAAGUAGUUGAAAAGGCAAUCCAAUUUUCAUUUGAUACACUUCCCACAAUCCAAUGUGGACAAGCUGUAUCAGGCAUAUUUGUAUUAUUAGAAUCCAUUCUCAAAGAUCAUACCGAUGAAACUCUUCAAACUCACAUUAUUCCACGAAUACAAACAGAAUCAGGCCUCUGUCAUCUUGUUAGCAGUACGACAUUCUUAAAUGACUUCAAAAUAGUAUUGGAUACACUUAAAAAAUUGAAACUUGAUGAGAAUCUAAGAAAAAUAAUUUCCAUAUUCAUUGAUCUCUUAACUUUUCCGGAUAAAACAAAAGUAACAGAAAUUACUUAUAUAUCCAUUACGAACAUAGUUACAGAAUUAUGUGAAGAUAACGAAUAUGGAACUUUGGUAUGUGAAAUAUCCAUGAAAAAGUUGGGUGACUUUUUACAGAUGCUCAAUAGUCACGAAUGUUAUAUAAGUACAUCUGCUGUUAGAAUAAUUGCUUCAGCCUUCCAUAUGAGACCAAAAGAACGUGAGUUUUUAUUGAAGAGUUAUGGUGUGUCACCACGAACCAAAAGAAUAAAUAGUAACCAAAAUACUUUACUCUCAACAUCAUCCCAAUUCGUUUUACUUGAUGAAACCAAAAAUACCAGUAAAUUCAUAGUUUCAUCAUAUUUCAAACAAGAAAAUUUCGUGGAAGUUGAAAAUUUAUUAACAAAUGAAGCUCAAGGUACACUUGAUAAUCGAUCAACCACCGUCGCUGGCUCAAUUCGAACUCAUCUAUCGAAAAAUAUUCAAGAUGAAUUAACAUCUGCAAAAGUUGCUACAAAUGAUUAUAUACCAUUGGUUAUGACGAAGACAACUCAUGAAAAUUUGUUGACCAUUCUGGAAGCAGCAAAAAAUCCAAUACCACUACUUCUAGAAGGGGCUACAGGUGUGGGAAAAUCAGCCACUGUUACUGAAGCUUCACAUUUAUGUGGGACAACUUUAGUUCGUUUUAAUCUUUCAUCAACAACAACAGAAGAUGACCUUUUUGGGAAACUGAAUAUAAAUAGUUCUGGCAUAACGAUGGCAAAGCAACCAUUUACAACUGCAUUUGAAAAAGGUUAUUGGAUUUUACUUGAUGAAAUUAAUCUUGCACCAUCACAAACAUUACAAGCAUUGAUCGCUUCACUUGACACAGGUAAAAUUACUUUAAAAGAUCCAUCGCAAGUAAAUUCAGUUAAAACUAUUCCACGUCAUUCUGAUUUCCGAUUAUUUGCAACACAAAAUCCAAAUUCUGGAUUUUUUAAAGGUAAAAGAGAAGAUUUGCCAUCAUCAUUACUUUCUCGUUUCGUUCCUGUCAUAUUUCGUAAGUUACCUGACGAUGAGUGGAUUGACAUUAUUGUUGAUCGAUUAAAAUGUUUAAAACCGUUAGAAACAGACGAAAGUUUAAGAGAAAUGGCUGAAAAAAUAGUAAAAUUUCAUAUAACUAUCGAAACUUUAGUUCAUAGUGAUUCAUCAAUUGAAAAAAUUGAACAGCGAUUUCCAGAAAUAGGUCCUUAUACUGAGAUAUCAAUUCGUGAAUUACUUCGGCUAAUAUCACAUAUUGCAUUACUUCAAAAAUCAGAGAUUUGGAAGCCAUUUGAUACAAAUGAAGGAAAGCAGCUGCUUGCAAAUGAAAUGUGGACAGUUUAUGGGGCUCGAUUUCGUCGGGAAGGACGAGAAAUAAUUCAUAACAUAAUGAAAAAAAAUGGCUUUGUUUGCGAUCUAUUUCAAGAUCAAACUACAACAAUUACAAUGAAUAUUAAAGAUGACUGUAUUGAUUUUGAUUCGACUCAUCGUCUUCAACGAAAUCCAAACAAACAAAUUAACUUUGAAAGUAGUUGUAUACAAGAUGCUAUAGAUAUUUUUACAUUAUUUGACUUUCACAAAUUAAGAAGCCACUUAGAUAUGACUAAACUUGAAAGUCUCACAGAAAUAGCCGGUAAAGUUCAUAGUUUUAUAAAACAAAAAAGUUUUGAAGCUAAAUUUAUCGAACAAUAUGGACUAUAUAACGUACAGCAAACUUGGUUAAAACAAUGGCUUGAAGCUGUAUUCUCUAAGCUUGCUAAUGAUGAUAGUUAUGAAAAAGUUUUCGCUACUUGUGGUAUUGUAUUUUAUGCUUUACGAUUUCGUUUCAAAGUAAUACAAACAGAAUUUUAUAAACAAAUCAAUUCAUCAUUUGGAACGAAUAUUGACAUACAAACAGCUCAAAAGACAGUCGGCGAUGUGUCUGCAUUAAUGUCUGCUGCACCUGUAUUUGUUAUUACACGAAGAGUUGAACAAGUAUGGAAACAAAUGGUUUCAGCAUUUUCUGUCAAUGAGCCAAUUUUAGUUGUUGGAGAAGUUGGUUGUGGUAAAAGUGAAUCCGUUAUAGCGUUAAUGCUUUUAAUUCAAAAACGAUUAUUUUCAUUGACAUUUUCACCAGAAACAGAUCCGUCAGAUCUUGUUGGACAAUUUGUGCCAGUUACAAAUAAUUCAAGCAAAAAGAAUCUUGUCGAUUGGAGCAAUGGUAUUGUAACUGAUGCUAUAGAACAUGAUGCCGGACUUCUGCUUGAUAACUUGAGUGAUGCAGAUGCAUGUGUAUUAGAAAGAUUAAAUUCCUUAUUAGAACAGCCACCUAUAUGGGUAUUAACUGAAAAAGGUGAUACAUCACCAAUGAAAAUACCAAAAAAUUUUGGUAUCAUUGCGACUAUGUCUCCUGCUAGUGACAAUGCAUCAAAGGCAGCAGGUAUUGGUGGAGAACUUUCACCGGCACUUUCGAAUCGAUUUAUAACUAUAUUCAUGCCGUCAUUAAAACCGAUUGGACCUGGAAAUGAAAAUCAAUCGAAAUCUAUGAAUGAGUCAUUAAAUGAAAUAACUUUGAUUGCCGAAAGAUUAUUAGGAGAUUCAUUUGCAGAUAAAGAUAUUACAUUGGCUGUACAACUUUGGAAGGAUCUUUGCACAAGCGCAUAUCAACAUCAACAACCACAAACCGUUAGUUUUCGAACGAUGAUUCGACUAUUCGAUUGUGCAUACAAACUUCGAUCUCACACACCAACAUUGACACCUAAAGAUACUUUUUAUCAUGCAUUUGUCGCUACAAUCCAAGAACAAAUUAAUACAGUUAAUAAAUUACAUGAAAUACUAGAUGAAACUGCUCGUAAAACACUUCAAAUUGAUAGCUACUCUGGAACUCAAACUAAACUGAAUUUAUCAAAAUUUUUCAAUGAAAAUGAAAGCUCUUCGGAACAUGUUCUAUCCGACAGCCGUCUUCGUCAUGCAGAGACAUGUGCAAAAUGUGUUAUUAGUAAUUAUCCAAUUUUAUUCGAAGGCCCACCAGCAGUUGGCAAAACAUCACUGAUUGUGUACUUGGGAAAAAAACUAAUGGGUACAGGUAUGAAACUUGAACGAGUUAAUAAUUCUAGUACAACAUCGGUUCAAGACUAUAUUGGUUCACUUGUACCGUUUGGAUCAAACUUUGAAUUUAAACCUGGUUCUCUUGUACGUGCAAUGACCAAUGGACAUUGGUUUUUAGCAGAUGAACUCAAUUUAGCUGAUCCAUCCGUACUAAGUAUUAUUCUAACAGUUCUUGAUCGAGGUGAGAUUCGUAUACCCGGAACUGGUAAAUUUAUUCAAGCUCACGUACAAUUUCGAUUUUUUGCUACACAAAAUCCAGCUUCAUCUCAAUUUAAAGGACGUAAUCGUCUACCACCUAUUCUACGUAGUCGAUUUAUGGAAGUUCAAAUAGAAGAUUUUAGUCACAAUGAACUCGAAACCAUUUUAAAGAAACGUGUUGAAGAACCAUUGAUUGGUGUACCACGAUUGAUUUCAACAAAUGAAUUGAAAACGAAUUCUCAAAUGGCAACUACCAUGGCAUCCAUAUAUAUUGCACUUCAGAAUAAUCCAAAUCUACGCAUAACUAUGCGUGAAAUUAUAAAGAUAGAACGUCGUGCUUUAAUGUUUUCGAAUAAUUCAGAUAAUUGGCCUGAUGCUGCUAAAUCAUUGCUAUUACUAAAAUUCAGUAAAUCGUCAAUUCAUUUUAACAGUUUAGCGAAACUCUUGGCAGAUAAAUGUAAUAUUGAAUUAAAACAAAUGCAGAUUGAUUCACAACCACGUAUAGAAGAGACAGAAAGUGGUGUUAAAUUUAGUCUUGGACAAAUACAAGCCUCCUUUUCGGAGGCUAAACGAGAACAAUCAGAUUUAUUCAAAUCUGAUUCGUCACCGCCAUCUUCAUUUCAACGAGCACUUGUACAAAUAGCAGUUGCUGUAAAAGCUCGAGAACCAAUUUUAUUGAUAGGUCCGACUAGUUUCAAAACAUUAUUGGUCAAAACGUGGACUCAAAUUAUUGGAAAAAAUGACUUAUUACAAUCGGUACAUUUAACUGCCGAAAGUGAUGCCAAUGAAUUAAUUGGGCAAAUGUGCCCAUUUUCGUUUUUUGCAACUUUACACGAAUUAGUGUCACUAGCCAAAGCUGUUUUGGCACGAUCUGCAUUAACAGUUUCAAUAAAAGUUAAGGAUGCCAAGUUAAAGGAGGAAUGGAAAGAUUUAGAGCGAGUAUUAUCGAAACGUAUUGAUGAUUUUCAGACAAAAAUAAAACAUGUUGAAGAUCAAGAAGUAAUCAAAAACAAUGAGCAAAGAAGACAGAAGGAAAAGUUACAAACAGCAGAAGAUGAAUACAAAAAUAAUAAUGCUGGGACAGACUCAAACUGGGAAGAUUAUUUAGAUACAUACGGCUCUGGUACAGGGGAAUUUGGUACAACAGAACUGAAUAAUGAAGAUAAUGAAAUUUUUGAUAACUAUGAGCUUGUUGAUAAUCCGUAUGGAGAGUUUGGAACUUCGAAUGAUCAUGAUGAUUAUUUGCCCAAUGAUGUCGAACAAACUUUAAAUUUAGAAUCAAACACUUUUGAAAAUGAAAAUACCAUACAUGACUCAGAGCAAAAUAUUGGUUCUGAAACAAUUCAUAAUCAAAGUGCAAUCGAUGAAUCUUAUUCCUUUGAAUUUGAGACGCAUAGAUCAGCAAUGAGUGAAUCGCUUACUAAUCUUGAAAAUGAUUCAGAAUAUUUACAGGACAAUUUUGAACCAUUAGAUAAAGAAGAAUUGCAAACUUUACCACAAGAAUUAUUGAAUGCCGCUACAAACUUAUUAUCGUCACUUCUUGAUAUAAAAGAUAUUGCUAUUGUAGGAACAGAUGAAAGUUUAUUGCAAUCAAUUGAACGUAUUAAAUUCAUCUGGAACACAAUCAGUUCACCAUCAUUUAAUCGAAACAAACCAAUAUUUUUAUUUCGUGAUGCAGCUGUAACUCGUGCUGUGAAACUUGGUCAACCUAUUCUUAUCGAAGACUUUGAUUUAGCAAAUCAAGCUGCUACUGAACGUUUAAAUAGUUUAUUAGAACCAAAUCCAUGUUUUUCCGUUACAGAAGAUAUAACAUGUUCAAACACGACUAUUGAUGUUUUACCUGGUUUUCAACUAUUUGCUACUGUUCAUCAUGGGUCAGAAUCAGAACCAAUUAAAAUUAGUCCAGCAGCUAGAUCGCGUUUUACUGAAAUUCGUGUAGAAGGCUAUAGCGAUGAGGAAGCCAAAAGUGUACUUUCUCAGGAAUUGAAAAGAAGAUUACAAGAAAAUGAAAAAUGUUUUGCUGAAGGGAUAUGCGAAAGGCUUGAAACGCUUCAAAAAAAAUUGAAAACUGCAAUGGAUAUUAGUGUACGUCAUGAACACUCUCAUUAUGAUUUAAUCAAAUUUCUUCGAAUUAUCGACUGUUUAUCUUCAUCUACUACGGGACUUGAUCUUAAUAAAAGACUUCUAGUGGCAGUUCGGUUUUUUUUAUUGGAUGGCGUAACAUCUGGCAAAGAUAUUGCUAAAUCAUGGAUUGAAACUUGGGGAUUGUCACAUGAAGAGUUGGAGCAAACAAAAAAGAAUAUUGAUUCAAUAUUCGAUGAACCAACACUAGAUCAUGUUUCAGAAUUCAUAAAAGUUACAAAUAAAGCAAUUAAAAGUGCAUAUUGUGAUAUUUGUAUGCCAUUGCGUGACGAUGACAGUGAAGAAAAAGUUUUUUCUUGUUUGCGUAUAUCUUCAACAAAAACAACAUGUAAAAAUAUUGCUCGAUUAUUUACAGCCGAUUCAGCACGAGUUCCACUACUUCUUGAAGGGCCACCUGGUAUUGGUAAAACAGCAAUUAUUGAUCAAGUAUGUAAAUUAAGAGAUGAGAAAUUAGAACGUAUUAAUAUGUCAGCAAAUACAACUGUAGAACAAUUAUUUGGUAGUAUUGUUGCCAAAAGCGACGGACAACAACGUACAUUUGUAUGGCAAGAUGGUGCAGUCACACGUGCCUUACGAAAAAAACAUUCAAUUUUGUUUGAUGAAAUUAAUUUGGCACCGCCAGAGGUUUUAGAAUCAGUUGUUUCAUUAUUACAGCGUGAUAAAAAGACUAUAGUGUUAACGGGAAAUACAGAACCUAUAGAGUUGAAUUCAAGAAUUUAUGCCACUAUGAAUCCAGCAAAUAUCGGUGGAGGUCGUAGUCGUUUACCGAGAUCGAUUUUUCGCAUGUUCACUUCAGUGAAACUUGAUCCAUAUGAUGAUAUUGAACUUCAACUCAUCGUAACAAGUGUAUUUUCUGAUUUAUUACCAGAAAAUAAAAAUUCUGAAACAACAAAAACAGGUGAUUGGCCUAUAUUAACUCAUGAACAAUUGAAUCAAGUAUUUAAAUUACAUAAAGAAAUUCACAAACUAGUUUCAUCACGAGAUAUUGGACAAACAGGUGGCCCACAUGAAAUUAACCUUCGAGAUUUAAUAAAAUUAUGCGAUGUUUUACGUAAAAAUGCUCCUGAUCUACGUGAUCAUUACACAUUUUUUCCUAAAACUUCAUCAGUUAGUGGAGUCAAACUCGAUAUUCGACUGAUUAUAAUUAGAAAAUUCUUUCGUCUUGUAUAUGGGAUGCGAUGGCAAGAUAUUAACGAUCGAUUAAAAGUUGAUGCACUAAUUAACAAAUAUCUUCCUAUAUCGGACAAAAUAAACAAUGAAGAAGAUAAUACGUCUUCAAUUACAAUUGAUACAUCAACGCUCGGUUUUAUUCGAGUUGGAUCACUUUAUGUACGCACAGGUCACACAGAAGAUUUCGAUUUUGGAAAAGGUUUAGUUCAUACGCCGAAAACCGUAGAAUAUCUUGAAAUGCUUGUAGCUGCGUUGCAAAGUAAACGAGCAACAAUGUUAAUGGGACCAACGGCAUCAGCAAAGAGUGCACUACUAUAUGAACUUGCUCGUAUUUGUCGUCGACAAUUAAUUGUUCUGCAUUUAACACAAGAAACUGAAACAGCCGAUUUAAUUGGUCAAUGGGUACCUCAUGUUUGUGAAGAAACAAAUCGAUCAUUAGACACAUACCCAUUUAUGACACAUAUUGAUAAUUUUAUAAAACGUCUUACAAAAUUUUUUCUUAUAUAUGUUUGUCCAGUUUUAAAACAAGAAAACUUUGAUGUCGAGCGUGAAAUUAAAAAUUUAUUACCGAAAAUAGUCUCUGAUUGGCUUAAUAUUCAAACCAAAUUUCAACUUUAUUUUAAUUCACUUAACAUUUCUUCAGAUUCGAACUUAAAAACAGAACAAGUCGAAAAUAAUGAUAACAGUGAAAAUCAAUCGAAUUUCUCACAAGAAAACGAGAAAGAAGUACCAUUAUUAACAGAGGAAUGCAUAAAAUAUUUAAAGUUUAUUGAACAAGAAUUAUCAAAACAAAUUGUUAACCUUGAAAGACAAAAAGAUCUUUGCUCAGAUGCAAAUAUUUUAUUAUUGGAUUGUAAAUAUCUUAUUCGUUUGGUAAAAAUACAUCAUGAAAAUCAAUUACCUCAAAAAUCACACUACACAGAAGAAAGUACUACAGAAAGUAAGAAACUUGAAAUGACAUUCAAGUUUAUUGAAUCCCAACUUGUUAAAGCCAUUCGUGAAGGUCAUUGGGUCGUAUUAGAUAAUAUUAAUAGUGCACCGCCAGAAGUACUCGAACGAUUAUUGUCAUUAUUUGAAGAGAAUCCAGUACUGAAUUUGUAUGAAAAUAAUUCAACAGAAGAUGAGAAUAAUAACACAGAAGAACUUAGUGGAGAUAAGAUUCAUCCAGGUUUUGCUCUUUUUGCUACAUGUAAUCCAAAACUUGAAGGUGCCAACAAACUUUCAAGUGCAUUAACCAAUCGAGUCCUAUGUAUAUCUUUAGAAGCUUUAGAUAAUGAUAUUAUAUCAGAUGUGAUUAUAGAUAAAAAUAAUAUCAGUAAAGAUAAAAUAUUUGAUCCAACAAAAACAAAUAUAUUUAAAAUAUUGUUAGAUCAAUUUGUUGGUGUUCAUGGUGGUUAUGAACUUCUAUCAUUUUGUCUACUCUGUCAUGCUGAUGCUAAAAUGAUGCUACAAAAUGAACAAAUACAUCCUAUAAAAGGAUUCCAAUAUUCUUUUCGAACAUUACAAUAUACUUGUUCGACAGCUCGUUAUUCAAUGAAUCAAUAUCAAUUAGCACCAUUACAUGCAGUGAUUUGGAGAUUAUUACGUAAUUAUACAAUGUGUAUCACAAACUUAGAAGAGAGAACAUUAUUAAUAAAUUCAUUUAAGAAACAUUUAGAGUCACCAUUUGUUAAGAAGAAUACAUUUACAUUUGUAAAACCAAUUAGUUAUGGUUCGAAAAAUCAACUUGAUCUUGAUAUUGAUGAAUUAACUGAUACAGUUAGCAAAGCUGAAAUGUUGAUUUGUGAUGCAAUGUGUAUACUUAUGAUUCAUUUCGUAGAAACUGAAGUAUCAGCUGACAAUAUUGCCGAUUUCAUUCGUGGAUUUGUACAUAACGUGUUGUUACAACAGCGACCCUAUUUAAAACAAGAACUUGGUGAACUGUGGAAAUUAAUAGAUUCAACAGGUCCAUUAUCAGAAAAAGCAAAAAUAGAAAUUUUAAGUGAUAGAACACGUGAAUUACUUUGCGGUGAUAUAACGCGUCAAAGUAUUGAAAUAUUAUCAACACAAAUUGAACUAUGUGGAAUUAAAUUAUAUACUAAACUAUAUAAAUUUAUUGAAUAUGUAUCAGUUUUUGAUUCAGAAAAACAAGCGAUGGUAUUAAAACGAAUUUGUAAAGUUUUUGAAAUUUUUGAAAAUUUAUUCAAAAAUAUCGAAUUUUCGCAAACACAUACUUCUCCGACAGAACAACUUUGGUAUCAAACACAAAUGUUAAUUCGUAAAAUAAAUUCGUUCAAUCUUAUUUUAUCUUCAUUUCGAAUAGUUAAUCAAAGUUCUCUUAUUCAAUUUUCUGAUGUUUUACAACCAUUAUUUGAAAAAGUUGGACAAAGAAGUAGUGGAUUUGCAAUUCAAGAUAUAUUAAAGAAACCACUUACUACAAUAGUAGUGAAUUUAGAAAAUGUUUUAUCAAAAAUUAAAAAUUUUCAUGAUAGAUUUAGUCAAUCAGAAAAUAAUGAAACUUAUCAAUUCAUUCGACAAAUUCUCAAUCGAUUUUUAAUAGUUGCGGGAUGGUGUGCAGUUAUGUGGAAAACAACUAUUAAUACAUUAGAGCAACAAAUAAAUGUUCGUUGUAUUGAUACAAGAAAGAGUUUAUUAACAAUUCAACAGCUCCAAAUAUGGGAUAUAAAAUUAACUAUGUGUGAAUGUUUACCAGAUGCUAUAGAAAAACUUGAAAAAGCAUCAUCUGCAAUAGCAUCAAAUGAUUCAAUUCGCUUUGAUGAAUGUAAGAAAUCAAUUCAAUCAAUACGAAAUCUUUUUCAAACAAAUUACUUAAAAAAUAUUCAAAGACAAUUAAUGGUUAAAACAAUUCAAAAACAUGCACAAUGUUGUGAAUGGUUACAAAAAUUAAUUUAUGAUUCUUCAGCUGGCCAUCUCAUUUCAUUAGAAUAUGCUUUGAAUGAAAAUUUCAAAAUCAUUUUAGAAAGUAUUGAAUCAAAUGAAAUUCAUAGUCCUUUUUCAUUUAUAUGGAUUGGAUUAUUUUUUACAUCUAUAGCUAAAACGAUACCUAGUAGAGUUUAUGUACGUAUUAUAAACUCGAAUUCAAAACAUGUUCAAGAAAUUAACGACGAUGAGUUUAGAAGUUCUGUAUUAGACAAAAAUGAUGGACUUGAUCUUACAUUUUAUAUUGAUACAGAUUUAUUUGAAUCAAAUAUUGCAUUAUGUAUUACAAAUUUUAAUAGAUCGAAAAAAGAAGCCAAGCAAGUUGUUUUACUAUCUAAUAUUGAUAAUCCAUCUUUACUACUUGAUCAACUUAAGACACCAUUCAAAGUUAUAGGAGCUUCUAUAACACAAAAAGAAUAUCAAUUACCAAGUUUAACUCAAGAUUUAUUUUUAGAUCAUUCUACAGAUGUUUUAAAAGAAAAAAUUUCAACAAUGUUAACAGCAAUUGCAUCUUUCAAUUGGAUUUCACAUACAUUUGAUCUUGAAUCAAUAACUUCCCAAAGAAAUAAAGAAUUUCAGAAAGAAAUAGAAAUAUUUCUUAUAGAUUUGCUGAAUAAAAGUUCUUUAUUAGUUAAAAGUUCAAAUGCUAAAAAUUGGACAGAAAAUAACACUGUAAUAGUACAUGAAUUAAUACAAACAUUAUGCAUCACACUCAAUCAUUUACGUAAGACUCAGCGAGGAGAAUGGAACGAUACUGAAUUAGAAACUAAAGCAUUAGAAAUAGGUGACAAAGCUAAAGAAUUUAAAGAAAUAUCUUCAAUUAGAUCAACAAUUAUUAAUGAAAUGAAUGAACGUUGGAAAACAUCAAUACUUGAUCGGAAAUUAUUACAACGAGUUUUACAAUUACCAAUUGAAAUUAGUAACACAAUUCCAUUUGUUCUAACAGAAAUUCAAAAUAUUGUUCAAACUCAACAUAUCAAAAUAAAUAAUAAAUUAGAAGCACAAAUACAAUUAAUAGAUUCAAUGAAUUCCUUGGUCAAAAUAUUUGUUAAUAAAGCAUUUUCUACUGCAACAGAAGAUGAUUCGAUUGAUCAAUAUACUAUUGAAGAACAUAGUAAAUUACAAAUAGAAUUCUUAUCACAUGUUGUUGAAGCAAUAUGUUAUAAUUGGUGUAUUCAAUUACAUACGACAAAUGAAAGAAAUUUUGAACUUCACAUUAAUGAAACAGGAAAAUUGGAUGAAAUUUCAUUUUAUAAAAUGAAGCAAAUAAUUAACCGAGUGAAAGGUAUUCUGACAAUUGAUGAUAGUAUAAUCAAUACUACUAACAUACAUACAGCUAUUAAUGUUGCUAUUGAAAUUUGUCAAAAUGAAUUGAAAAACAACAAUAGAACGGAUUCAAAUGACGCUACUGAAUCUGAACAAUUGAUAUCAGAAACAUCUGAAAAUGUACAUUUAAAGGAGUUACGUGAAGAAAAACAAAAGUUAGAAAAACUCUUAGAAGAAGCCCGCCAAAUACGACCAUAUCCUAUCCUAACUAUUGAACGAGCUCGUAAAAAUCUACUAGACAUUGAAAAUUGGAUUGAGACAUUGAAAAGUAAAAAACAACUAACUGAAGAAGAAGUAAAAGAAAUUUUUCUCUUAAAAGAGAGUAUAAGUGUUAUAAAACGAAACAUUCAAACUUUAAAACGUCCUGGUAAAAGUAAAUUACAACACCUUUAUAAACAUUUACAACGAGUCAAUGAUUACAUUCAGGAUAUGAACCAUUGUUCAGCAAUAGAGAAGCUACGGUUAUCAUAUGAAGAAAGUCCUAUUGAUCGUUCACUAAUUGAAAAUCUGAAAGAGUCUUGUAAUAACCUACAACAACUAACUCAAUUAUCAGAUGAAAUCCAAAAAUUAGAAAAAACUGACUUUUUGACACAAUUAAUUGAAGAAUCGUAUGCAGAUUGGGGUUGGUGGCAGCUAUUAAAUAUAUCGACUUCAUGGUUUCGUUCGGAAACCAAUAAUAAUCUUGAACAACUUCAAAGUCAAAAAUUGCAUGCUGUCGCAGCUAUUCUAAAUGAUAAAAUAGCGAUGGAAUUUAGUCGUAGAAAUUUAAUUUUCGAGCAACAAAAUACAUCUAAUAAAAUUGAAAUUGAAAAAUUAUUCGAAAUUAUUGUAUGUGAACAUUCAAAACAUGUUACUGAACUUGGAAGUAAAUUAAGAAGAAAUAUUCAUGAAAAAAAAAUUAUUACUUGGGAUUCUAUACAAGCCGCUUGUCAACCGAUAGCUAAACAAAAUGUAGAAAAUAAAUUAAAUUUUAUUAAUUUAUUUCGUUUUGUUGAAAUUCUUCAUAUUCGCAAACAUGAUUUAGACAACACAAUGAGUAGUUUUCCUUGGCAUGCAUCAUAUAUAUUACAACCACGACUUUUACGUUGUUCAGAUUUAAUAACAUGGCUAUGUCCAGAGUAUUUGCAAAUAGUUUCUGAAAUUGUUGCAAUCGAAAUGAAUGUCGAAAUGUUUAUUUACGAUUCAGAAAAUCCAAAACCUAAUUUGACUUUUGUCAAUCGAACGAAUAUUUUUCAUCCAAGUUUUAAUGAACCAAAAAGCGAUUGGCACAUUAAUGCGUUAAAAUCAAUAGCUGAUUUUCUAGUUAAUUUAUUAAACGAAACAAUAACAAAGAAACCACCAUUUUUAUCUUUACAGCAAAAUAUACCAUUAGAAAUUAUUCUUGGACUUGUUAUGACGAAUAUUACAAUUUAUUUGUAUGGAGAGACUGUAUGUAUGAAUAACAAAAAUAUAUUUAUACAACUUAAUAAAGAAACUUUACGUGAAAUAACUGAAGAAUUAUCGAAAAAACUAAAGAACAUCGAAGAUGACGAAAAAAGAAUUCUGACAGACCUGCGUAGUUUAGAUGGUGAAUUAAAAGAAUUAGAAGCUAAAUUAAAAACUUUUCAACGUCUUCGAGAUAUGGGUGCACUAGGUGCUGGGGAUCGUAUAGAUGAAUUACUUAAGAAAAGAGAGGGCCUUAUUGUAGAACAAAGUAAAUGCAAGGAAGAACUUGAUAAAAUUAAGAAAAAUAAAGAGCAAAUUGAAAAAAAUCUUCUCGAACAAAAACAUCAAUGUGGCCAAAAGAUUCAAGAAGAUAUUUUCCAUGAAAUGAAUCAAAUAAAUACAGAAGUUAAGAAAAUAAUGACAUGUAUUUCAAGAAGUAUUUCUUUAGAUUCAUCGUCUUCUAACGAUAAACUUAAUCAAAUUCUAUCAAAUCAUUUGAAUAUAUUUAAAAAACUUUAUUUUACUAAUGUCACAACAGUUAAUGACUGGGACGAAUCGAUCAAUCAAACAUUAAAAACUCUUCGAGGUUUAUUUUCUGAAGUAGAAACCAUUUUACAGAAAUUAAUGAAUGAUGAUCCAUUACGAAUAUUCAUUGAUUGGACUCUGACAUGUAUACUAGAAGGAUUAACAUGUUCUGCUAACAACACAACAGUAUACAAUAGAUGGCACAAUAAUGUCAACAAUAUAGAAUUAUUUAAAGCUGCGGAGAAAUGUCGUGAAAUUAAGAAAUCUUUAAAUGAAAUAAUAGAACGUGCAGCAAAGACUACUCUUGAUGUUCCAAUUGUAUCCGAACUUCUAGAUAAAUCAACCAAAUUGUAUAAUGACUUUGAAAAUAGCGAAAAAACAAUUUCUAUUUCGGAUAAUGUUGAUGAGCCUUCAAAACGACUUGUACAAAUGGUCAGUCGUUUUGUAUAUCAAUUAGUAGCAUGUCUAACAACUCUAGCAAAAUAUUAUGGAAUUACACUUAAAAGUGAACAAGAACAAAUUGCUGAUUAUACAAAACAAAUUUUAUUAUCAACUAGUAAAAGUAAAUUUAUGUGGAUUAAUUCUGGUAAAGAGGCAGAUCUAUUAAAAACAAUUGAUCGUUUACGUCAUGAACUUCCACAAGUCGAAGCUGCUUUAUCAAGUAUAUUUAUAUCAAAAACUACUGGAAGUCUUCUAUCACCACUCUCACUGAAUAUUGAUUUGGAGCAAUGUCUUCUCAGUAUUGGAAAUACAGUUUUACCAUCCUCUUAUUUAUUGAAAAAUUUUGUUGAAAAAUGUUUACUUUCAUUUGUUGGACGUGAUAUUACACGAAUUGGUAAAAUUUAUUCAGAAAAUAUUGUUACUCUAAUUCUUGAGUUUAUUCAAGCUACCAAUGAAGUUGCCAACAUUCCAAUGAGUAUAUCUAAAGCAGAUGCAGCUGCUGGUGUUAUUGAAAAGAUGAAUACUAUAUCGAAAUUUGUUGAAACUGGACAAAAACUUGAUUUUCAGGGUCGUAAUAUUCGAUCUGAAUUACCAUGGGACGUCUUCAAUAGAGCUCAUGAGAUUGUUGUUCGUGAAAUAUUGAAAUCUGCUACUACAGCAGUUGCUAAAACUUUUUCUGCGAAUAUAGCUCAAGAAGUUGCCAAUUCACAAAUAAUUGCUGCAUAUGCAUAUUCAAAUGAAAGUAUAUCGGAUCAACAGAUUUUUGAAAAAGACGAAGAAGGUUCAUUUAAAUUACGUUAUAAUGAAUUACGGUUAUGUGACUUUGCUCGAAGGUCAGACUAUUUAAAACAAUUACUUUGUCGAGAAACACAAUUACCAGAUUUAGGAUUACAACCAAAUUUAGAAUUUGGUUUCGAACAGUUACAUGAAGCAGCUAUUAUUCUUGAUAAAACCGUUCAAACAACAGGAAAUCUACUUGUUGAUUUAAUGGAUUGUCUUACGCAACCAGAAUCUCUAAGUCGUAUUAUAAAUAAUUUUAAUGAUUUUGUUGAAGAAAUCAUUAAAAAUAUGACAGACAAACUCUCGAAUGAAGAAAAUGCUAAAAAAGUAUUGUUAGCUGCUAUACAACGAGCUAGAAAUUUUGAAUCAACUAGUAUAAUGAAUGAAGUUACAGAUUCACAAUGGCGUAAACACGAACUAUUCAUGCGUUUAAACAAAUCUUUAUCUUAUUUAACUAAAUAUCAAGCUCGAAGCUUUGACAUAUUACCUGUCAUCAACAACACAGACAGUGGUGCAUUUGAAACAAUUGCCUAUAUUAAUAGAAUACAUAGUUCUUGGACUAUGGAACCGAAAAACCUUUCUGCUGAUUUUGGCAAGCGAUUCAUAUCGAUUAGACGAAAUAAACGAUUGAUACGAAAUUUCAUCAUAGCAAACACUGGUGAUAUUCCAGUUCGUAUUGUUUGUUCUGCAGAACAAAAACCAAACUUAUCAUUCAUACCACCGUCAUUUAAUGUAUUACCUGGACACUUUCGAUCAUUUUCUGUUGUCUUCACUGUAUCGGCACAAGAGAGUAUGCUGAAUACAAAUGCAACAAUUUCUGCACAAGCACAUGUUGGCAAUGAAGAGCCUAAACCAAUGGGUAAAUUAAUAGUAACAGGAAAUGUUCAUUGUUCAAAAGUUGAAUUAUCAGAAACAACAAUUGAUUUUGGUGAUUUAAUUUCUGGAAGUGGAACUCAUGUAAAUAGUUUAACUUUGAAAAAUAAUAGUAAUCUUAAAAUCAAAGUACGCUUUGGCAUUACAUGUUUAAGAGAAUGUUUAUCUGGAAUAGAAGUUUUACCUAAACAAUUGAUAAUUUUUCCAAAAUCAUCAGAAAAAGUUAGCAUCGUUUUGCGUUGUGCAGAUAAAGUCGAUGAAGUGAAAGCACAACUGAUUGUAGUUUAUGAGGGUGCUGAACCACAAACAUUACCAAUCACAGCUAACAUUCAAGAGCCCCAAUUUAAAAUUUAUUUACCAUCCUCAAGCGAUCAUUGGAGAGCAGGAGAUAAUGUAGACCUUGAUGUUGUUUUAAAUGAAACUCGAUUUAUCACAUUAGUUAUUGAAAAUUUGAACAAUGUUGACUUAAAUGCUAUUACUAAAAUCGAACAAACAUCAAAAGAUUGGAUCAAUAUAAUUGAUGAAAUUGUUGUAAUAAAAAAGAAAGAACGUGAAAAUAUUCGUUUAUGGAUUUUUGGAAGGGAAGAAGGUAUCUUUUUGACCUUAUCAAGAAUUAUAAUUGGUUCAAAAGAAUUGAGAAUAAAGAUUAAGAUUACGUGUUGUAAAGCAAACAUUGCAGCAAGUUUGAAAACCGACAUUAAUACUAUAAAUGCUGACAUAUAUUGGCUUAAAGAGCAUAAUCUCAUAGAAAAUCGUCGAUUGUUACCUUUCAAUUGCAUACUGGAACUUCAAAAUAAUGGACGUAUAAUAUCAACGGCACAUGCUGAUUUAUUACAGUCAUCAAGUAGUUUUAAAAUAAUUGAACAAAACAAUCAUUCUGUAACUAACAACGGCAGAACAGUUGACAUUGAAUUGGAACCAAAAAUGAAAACUUCGUUGUCCAUUUUAUCACAUUUAUAUCGCUUUAAAAACAGUAAAAUUAAAUGUAACAUAAAAAUUGAAGAUGGAACAACAAAGACUAUUCAAUGUGAUAUCAAUGUCAAAUGUGGUCAAUUACUUUGUGAAAAUUAUUGGAAAGAUUUUGGAAAUAUGACGACUAAUCAACAGUAUACUUUUGAAACAAAACUUUUUGCAAAAGAGGAUCCAGUGCAUUUACUUGUUAAGUAUGUACCAACAUCACAUUUAGCAUUGAAAGAUAUUAUUGUCAAGAUCAAUAACACGGGAAUAUUACCUACAGCUAAGGGACAUAUUCAUAUAACAUUGGAAGAAUUUGUGAAAGAAAAUGAAAGACACGAAAUUAUAAUCCCACGUAGCUGUUUUGCUAUCCUAAAAGUUAUUGUUCAAUUAAAAGAUUCUUUUCAAAUCACAAAUAGAGAAUCACGAUUUUUACAAGAAAUACAAGUAAUUUCUGUUAGAGAAGCAUUUCUUGGUCCUGAUCACAUUGUUUAUGAACAUCGUCCAUUCUGUUUUAUUAUGUCAGGUACACUAUCUUCAUCCAAACAAAACAUUAUUCAUUCAAACAUAUCUAUUGAAACUUUGAACUCAUUAUUUACUGACAUACUAUCGAUUUCUUGGGAUACACUAGGAAACAAGUUAGAUUUAUAUCGGAAUUCUGCAAAUGGUGCUGAGAAAAAACAAGUUUUAGACCAGAUAAAAAAUAUACUUAACGGAUCAUUUCAAAAUCGACAAACACAAAAUGACUUUAAUGUAUCCAAAUUGAUCGAUGAAAUACAGCAACCUAUUUCAGGCUUAAAAUUAGCUCAUUACUUCAUUCAAACACUUGUUCAUACAUGGAAUAUUCAUCCAGUUUUAACGCUUCUUUUAUCACAAGUUACAAUAGAAAAUCCAAUUGAUGUAGCAGCUGCAUGUUUAUCACCUCAGCUGUUUCAUUCAUAUCAACAACACAUAUUUAUCGAAUUAGUUUCUUUAUUUCAUUAUACGACAAAGUUUAAUUUAUCUUCAAAGCCAUCCUAUGAUCAAAUGAUAACAAUACUUGACUGUGCCCUAAGACCAUCACCAGCAUUAUUUGAAAUAUUUUCGAAAUUUUUAGGCUACGGUUGUAAGAUUCUGACCGAGCAGAACAUAAAUUUAGAUUAUAUUGUACAACAUUGGCCGUGGAAUACAAAUAUUUUAAAACAAACAGCGAUUUCAAUUUCUAAAGCAAUAUCUGUAUUAUUUGUUGAUCAAAAUAUCUCUGAACAUGAAAAGAUACAAAAUUUAGCAGAUUUUUUCAAAAUAUUAAUAAAAUCAAUGAAACCUAAUUUGAAUUUAUUAUGGAAUUCUUAUUUACAAUUGGAUAUGACAGAUACAAUUUCAAUAUCAGAAUCAUUUCAAAUAAUAUGUAAUAUGAUACCAGAAGACUUUAGCAUUAGACAAGAAGCUUAUCUACUUGCAGAUAUAGCGAAAACUUUGUUGCAUUUCCGUGCACGUCCUCAAUCAUCAUUGAACAAGCUCACAAGCUAUUCAGUUGAUCUUUUAGAUUGUCAAACUGAUGAAAUUCGCACUAUUUGGACAAAUAGAAAGCCUAGAUGGGAAAGUUGUAUUAUUUGUUUAAUUACAUAUAUUUUGGAUCGAGGCUCGAUUGUAGAAACUUUACUCAGAAACUCUCACAGAUGGCCAGAAGAUGAAGAAGAACUUCAAAAUUAUAUUCGCCGAGUGGUGGGCCAUGAAAUUCAAGAUGAAUAUAUACAAAAUACAGCAGAAAUAGUGUUUUUAUGGAAGAAAUCUCUACGAGAUGGAAACAGUUCAAGUAUAAUAAGCAACGCAUCCAGUCUUAUUUCAUAUUGCAGUAAAAUAGGUUUGAUACCGCCCUCAAAACGAAUAAGUUAUUUGAAUCGUGGAUUAUUAGCAAUCGAAAGAUUGUAUAAUUAUUUUCAAACAUAUGAUAAUUCAGCAAUUGAUAUUUGGUCAGAAUUAGUUAUCUUAUGUGGGUGUAUAUCGGAUAAAUGGCGAAAGUCACCUGUAUGGUAUGCAUCAGACGCAUUAUUUCAAUUUGAAAAACAUCCUUCAAUGCAAAAUGCUUUAAGUAUUUUUAUUCAAGGUCUUUAUCAAAUGGCAACAGAAAACAACUGUUCUGCAUUCAUUAACCAAUUCAUAUCUAUUACAUCUUUUAAUGAAAAUAAUCACAAAGCUAAACUCAAAACAAUUUUUGAUGUUUUAAACUGGUCAUCAUCUAGUGAAAUUAUUAAUGCACGAAACGAAUGUGAAUUCCUACAUUCACUUGAAAAAGUAAACAAUUAUGAUGUUAAUAAAGCGGCAAAAUCGAUGCUUUCCUUAUGGCAAAAUUAUAAGAUUUUGUCAAAUAUAGCAUCAAUGAAUGAACGUUUUCAAUCGGUAUUCUUUAACAUUAUAGAAGUGGCUAUAAACGAAGGUUAUCAAAUACCUAGCAAAGACUUGAAACAACUUAUUAAUGCUGUCAGUUUGUAUGCACACGAUCGUAACAAUCAACUUUUUGAUGCAAUUCGUUCUCCUUCUUUGAUACUUAGUGCCAUGAAUGUUCAUAAAAAUUUACUAAUAAGCCAAGGCAAAUAUUCAUCGUCUAGUGAAAUUAUUCAAACUCAUCAGAAACCUGUAUUCAUGAGGAACAUUUCAAAAUGCUUUUUAGAUAAGGAUAAAUUGCCGAAAUACAAACCUUCUUUUUCUUAUGAAAAUGAAGAUGUUGAUAAUCCUAAUCAAUGGCUGAAACGUAUGAUAAAACCCGAUGAAGUAGGAUCCACUGUUGCGGAAUCAAUUUCAACAACAACCUCUUCAAUCGAAGAACAUUCCAAUGAUAAUUUCGAUUCUUCAAGUGACAACAAUCGAUAUGAAAAUGUUAAAAUAGAUUCAAACAAAGUAUCGACAACUUUACAGGAAAUUAUGGAUGAUUUAUCAACUUCAUCGAAAAACAGAAGUUUUACAGAGGAACAAUUACUUAAUAGUAUCGUUCGUUUAUCUCAAAUUGUUUCUAACUGGUCACGCAGUUUUACAAAUAUCUGUUCGCUUAUUCGAAAUGACAAACAUGUCAGUGAUGAGAGAAAAUCAUUGGCAUUUCAAAUUAUUAUUGACGGUGUAAAUCUCCUAAGAUAUCUAUUAGGAUUAGAGAAAAACUUUGCUAUAUUUGUCAGUGAUCCAUUAUCUCAAUUUAUUCAAGGACAAAUGAGAGUAUUGAGAAAUAAGCUUUCAUCAAUACCAAUUCGAAUGGUAUCUGAAGAACUUUCAUCUCAAUUUCAACAUUUACAUAUAUUUAAACAGAAAACUGAUGAUGAAGAUGAAGAAGAAGAUACUAUUCCAGUUUUAGAAGGAAAUAUCUACAAAAAAACUGCUGAAAAAACCAGAAAAUCUGAUGUUGACCAUGAUGACCCAUUUGCACAUUUGAAACAUGGAGAACAAACGAAAAUAGUAGAAAAAAUAAGAAACAUAGAUAAAGAAAAACAGAAAUUUGCUUUACCCUCAUUUGAUUCAUUUUUUCCUAAUGAAACAGUUGCAGAAAAUAACUUGAACGAUGAAGAAAAACCAAAGACUCUUGAACUAAAAUUUGUAAAAGAGCUACAACGGAAAAUUCUAAAUUCGUCACAAAAUGUCCACAAGAAACGCAGGGCUGAAGCAUCCAAAACAGAUACAUCAAAGCCAACUGAUUCUCAUUCUAACUUUCAUCCAGUCUCCAAUUAUCAACCCAAUCCUCGGACUGACUACUCAGAUAUGAGCAAUACAGAUGUAGAAGUUCAAACAAGUUUAGAUCGAAUAGCUGAAAUAAACUUUACUACACAAAUGGAUACAAUUUCUCAUUUAACACCAUCUAAAGAAAAAAUUCGUGAAUUGUUAAACGACGAAAAUAUUUAUGAUUUAUAUCGAAGUGGAUCUUAUCGUAUGAAACAAAAUAAUCCAAUGGCUGUAUAUAAUUCAAAAUUAGAAGAUUUGCUCAAUAUUCCAUCAGAAACGUGGACCUAUCAAAAAUUAGCAUCCUGUGAAUCAAUAAAGACUGUGAUUGACACUACAUGCGCCAUAGUUCGAGAUGAACUAAGUGAUCUGUUUAGUAAAAUUUCAAAUCCAGUUGCAUUUGAAUGGAUAAUUAUAAUCGAUAAUAGUGGAUCUAUGAGUGUUUAUGAGAAUUUUAUUCGUGAAGCUUUGAUCAUUCUAUUAGAAACAUUAAAAAAACUUGAAUGUCAUGUAGCAGUAGGGCGAUUUGGAAAUCGUGGUCCACGUAGUCAAGUCAUUUUAAAACAAUUUGACCAGCCGUUAACAUUUCGUCUUGGUCAAAUGUUACUUGAAGCAUUAUCGUUUAGUGAAAGUUCUCAUGUUGCAACUGGUGUUGAAGCAAUAGCUAAUUAUAUAUGGGGUCAUUCAGAAAAAUCUUCAACAAUAAAUGUUAAACGAAUUGCAUUAGUUAUAACAGAUGGCUUAUCAGAAGAACUACGUGAAGAUAAAGAUCAAUUUACUGAUACAAAAAGAGCAUUCGACUUUUCUAUAGCGAUAUUACAUGUUCGUUCUACGCGAUUAGCUGAAAAAAUGGAACGAUUACAGUCUUCACUAGAGCAAGUUUGCAAUAACUUAUAUGUAUCAAUCGAUCCAUUUGAGCCUUCUGUAAAAAGUUUAGCUAGUUCGACAUCAAUUUUAUUGGCUCUGGCAUUUAAACAAAUAAUUAAGUCCAUGCAUGACCCAUCACUAACGUCCUCAUUACAAACAUCUGAUAAGACAAGAACUGUAUAUAUAAAACCAAUAUCAAUUCAAUCUUGUGAACAAAACCGAAACUCUGAUUAUAUGUGGCCAGCAGAAAAUUUAGAAAAAAUAACAACCUAUGAAGAUGCAUUAGAAAAUGAUGGAUCUGGUUCAAUUGCAAAAUCAUUAUGUUUUGUUAAUUUACCAAAUAAUGCAUUACCGAACGAAGAUAAUGCAAUAAAUUCACUUCAACAAGAUAAUAGAAGACAAGAUAUAGACAAUUAUCAGAAGAUACGCUUAGAUUAUAUGGAAGAAGCACAAAAAAAACUUGAAAAUGAAUUGAAAUAUGUUCGAUUUCAAUGUCAGGAAAAGAUUCAAGAAGCAAAACAAAUAUGGCAAAAAGCACAAAUAAAACAAUCAAAAUUAAUUACUGAAUUAACAAAUGUAUUUGAAGAUUAUGUGAUGCCAUUUAAUAAGUUUAGUCGCCGUCGUGCUGAUUUUUCUGGACCAUUGUAUUUACCUGGUUUAGUAAAAGCAAUUGCCACUGAUUUUGCUUAUAAACGAAUUGGAAGCUCAAAAACAGCAGGUGGUAAACGUCAUUAUAGUGUUGUAUUUGCCAUUGAUAUAUCAAUGUCCAUGAUUGGUCAUUUAGAACAGUGUGCUAUGGAAAGUUUACUCUUAUUAACAUCAGCACUCGUUCAAUGUGGAAUUGAGAAUUUUGGAAUUAUUUUAUUUGGUCAUAAUGUACAAAUCCUUAAGAAAUUCGAACAACCAUGGGAUGAAGUUACGAUUUACAUGUUACUUAAAAAUUUUAUGAUAUCUUCGAUGAUUGGUACAAAUGAUGCAAUUGCAAUUGAAUAUGCACUUGAUAUGUUAUCACAAGAACCUACUUCAAAUAUUAAAAAGAUUUUCGUUUUAACAGAUGGUUAUACAACAUGUGGUUUAGGAUUAAGCGAAGCUUUAGUUCGUGCUGAUUCAGAAAAUGUUGAAGUCAUUGGAAUUCAAGUUGGAUUUGAGCGACCAUGUGUACAUCGUUUUUAUCGCGACUGGAUCAUUGCGGCUAUUCCAUCAGCACUUUGUGAUGCAUUUCGAUAUAAAUAUCGAAAAGAUAAUGAUGGUCCUUUUCCAAGUUUAUCAGAUGACAAUUCAUUAUCUGAUAAACGAAUUAUACAAGGGACAAAUGAUGAUCCACAGGAAUUACUCAAAAAUUUUCAAUCUCAAUUUUCUUCUAUAGAAGAAAUUCUUAGAACAGAGAGAGAUGCACAUAUAAAUGGUGGUUCAGGAGGUGGUAAUAUGAGCUUAGAUGUUUGUUUUGUUAUUGAUGUUACAGCAAGUAUGACACCUUGGUUAAGUGGUGUCAAAAAACAAAUCAAAGCAAUAACAGAUGGUAUUACCGAAAGAAUAGAAAAAGAUUUUCCAGAUCUAAAUUUCAUUUUAAGAUAUGCUGUAGUUGCAUAUCGAGAUGAAGGUGAUAAUCUACCAAUUGAAAAGCUUAAAUUUCAGAACUCAUUUGUAUUGGAUAGAAAAUUAACAGCUGAACAACAAAAGGAACAAAAGAAAAGAUUUCAUGAUGAACAGACUAAUAGGGUACAUGCAUUUUUAUUACAAUUAAGAGCAGAUGGAGGUGACGACGAGCCAGAAGACGUUCUAGGAGCAUUAAAUCAAGUUGUGUCAUUAAAUUGGGAAGCUAAAGUAAAAUUUGCUAUAUUAGUUUGCGAUGCACCAGCUCAUGGUCGUGAAUGUAAUGAUUCAAUAAAUGAUCGUUUUCCGAAUGGACUUAAGUUCACAGUUGAAGAAAUUAUGAAAAAACUAACCGAAAAAAAUAUUGAUCUUAUUCUUUGUCAUCUAAAAGCAACAACAACGAAAAAAAUGGCUGAUACAUUUUUGACGCAUUUACGAAAAUUGCAAUCGAAUCGUAACGAUCAAGAAUUACUUCGUCAAAUCGAAUUGUAUAACAAAUCAGUUCUAGAACAAAUAAAACCUUAUCAUUUCAUUUUUGUACUAGACGAAAGUGGAAGUAUGAGUGGUCAGCCGUGGGCUGCUUUAACUGAAGCAUACAACACGUGUUUAAAAGAACGUAUUAGAAUUGCUCAACAUUCAACAAAUGAUAUCGUUAGUGUCAUACAGUUUGACAGUGAAGUCCGCUGUAUUUGUCAAGAAUCUGCCUUAUCAAGUGGAACUCCUUCAUUACAACCAUUACGUGGUCGAGGUACAAACUUUUCACCUGCUUUAAAAGAAGCUUUAAGGGUAUUGAACACUUCGGCAGAUAGCUAUAUUCCUGUGCUAUUGUUCAUGUCAGAUGGAGCAGGAAGUGGAGGACCAGCUGAAAUGACUACAAUUUAUAACCAAUAUCACCAUCGAGGUCUUCAAGUGCAUUCUAUUGCAUUCGGUUCUUCUGUUGAUAAAGCAACUCUGAAGAAAAUCGCAACAGUCGGUGGAGGACAAUUUCAUCAUAACUCCACAGGAAAACAGUUAGUAGAAACAUUUGUUCAAAUUAGUACUGAAUUGACGGCUGUCGACGGACUUAUUGAUGAAUUUGCUCAAAGAGUGAGCGAUGCAGCAACAACUAAAUUGGCGUUAGAAUUUUUAUAA